CUUAUUUUCACACUAAUUUUCUUUUUCUGUUAAGUUCUGAUUAGUAUUCAGAUGAAGUGAUUUUUUUUUUUUCCAAUGUUCUUUUGGCUCGUUAUUUUUUUAUUAUUUUGAACUCUGAUUGUGUAAAAUAGUUGAUUGAAUAUGAUUAAUUUUGCAUGUUUUUGUGAUAUAUCUAUGAUUAUGAGAAGAUUGAGUAGAGUUUGAUUGUGCUGAUGAUAGCUUAAUUUACUGUAAUGUUAUGCAUGUAUCUGUUGACUUUCUUGUUGGUGGUUGAUGAGUGAUUUGUUUUUGUUUCUAUGUUAAAAAUGAAUAAUGGGCCUCUCAAUUGCUUAAAAAAUUCUCUUUUUGAGGGGUGUUUUAUAGGAUUUGAGUUCAGGGGCUAGACAUGCUUGACAUGAUUGUUUGAAAUCUUGUAUUUGUUACUUCUUAGAGUGGAAAAGAUAGUUUUUUUAAGCUCAGUUUAGUUCAACGAUCAUAGAAGUAGUAAUGCACUAGAUCCAUCAGAAUCUGCAGUUAAGCGUGUUUGGCCGAGAGUAGUACUAGGAUGGGUGACCUCCUGGGAAGUCCUUGUGUUGCACUUCAUCCCUCCAUUUUUUGCCAUGUGAUGUUUCUACAUUAUCUUUUUAUUUAUAGAAGGGGAAAAUGUCUUUCGGGAUUGUAAACAUGGGUAUCAAUGGCGGUCCUUUGUUUGCAUUUUAUUUUUUUAUUACAUUCAUAUUUGAUUUGUUCUGCUUUUGUAUCUUUACUUGAUAUCACUUCAUAGGUUUUGCUAUUGUAGUUUUGAUAUAUGGUUGAGUGUUAAGUUCAUUUGGGGUGGCAUGUUUGAAGAUAGUAAUUUGUUGACUUCUCAAUUUAUUUUGUAUUUACAUAUUUAUUCCGAGGCAAGAAAUGUUAUAUUUGUUAACAGAAUAAUGCAAAUUCGUCGACAUGCUUGCUUGUAGAAAUAAGUCAAUGAAGAUGUAUUUGGUUUGUUGUUGCUGAGACAACAAGGCUUGCAAAAUUGUUACUUGUAAACACCUUUUCUUUAUUAUGUAUUUUUGUGGUUACUUCAACUAGAAGUGAACUGCUGUAUGCAUGUGCAUGCAUGUUCCUAAGCUCAAUGGAAUGUCUAGAGAAGUCAUGGCUUCUUCAUCAGCUGCUUCUUUUGAUUAUGAAAUUUUGGAUAAAGAUACCGACGUCCCUAAAACGGCUGCUGUUCCGACCAAUCGCGCAAAUCCAUGGAUUGAACCUGAAACAUUGAAACUUCAGCACCGAAUUGGUCGAGGACCCUUUGGUGAUGUUUGGCUUGCAACUCUUCAUCAGUCAACUGAAGAUUAUGAUGAGCACCAUGAAGUUGCUGCUAAGAUGUUACAUCCAAUCAAAGAGGAUCAUGUGAAGAUUGUAUUGAAGAAAUUCAAUGAAUUAUACUUGAAGUGCCAAGGAGUUUCUAGUGUUUGCUGGUUACAUGGAAUUUCAAUGUUAAAUGGAAGGAUCUGCAUCAUUAUGAAAUUGUAUGAGGGUUCAAUUGGUGACAAGUUGGCUAGACUAAGAAAUGGAUGGAUCUCACUACCUGAUGUUUUGAGGUAUGGGAUCGAUCUGGCUCAAGGCAUUCUAGAGCAUCAUGCUAAAGGGAUCCUUGUUCUGAACCUUAAACCGUGUAAUGUUCUUAUCAAUGACAACGAUCAAGCGAUUUUGGGAGAUGUUGGUAUUCCCAAUCUUUUGCUUGGCUCUUCAUUCGUUAGCUCAGAUAUCGCUCAGAGGCUUGGAAGUCCUAAUUACAUGGCUCCAGAACAAUGGAAACCAGAGGUCAGAGGCCCUAUGUCAUUUGAAACGGAUUCAUGGGGAUUUGGAUGCACCAUUGUUGAAAUGUUGACUGGUAGUCAACCUUGGUAUGGAUGUCCUGUUGGUGGAAUAUACGGAUCAGUUGUUGAAAAGCAUGAAAAACCGCAUAUCCCAAGUGGCCUUCCUUCUCCCAUUGAGAAUAUCCUAAGUGCAUGUUUUGAGUAUGAUAUGAGGAAUCGACCUUUAAUGGUAGAUGUUCUGCGCGCCUUUAAAAGGUCACUGAAUGAACUGGCUAAUGAUGGAGGAGGAUGGAGAUAUCAAGGAAACAUGAAAGUAAUUCCAAAAUCAGGCAGCACUUACUACACCGAGUGGUUCCUCUCAAAGGAUCAACUUCAGGUGGGUGACAUGGUCCGAUCCAGAAAGCCUCCCAACUCAUGCAAAGCUCAAAACAUGAAUGUCCCAGACGGAACUGUCGUUGGCUUAGAACGUACUGCAGAUUACGGAUUUGUUUUAGUGAGGGUCCACGGUAUUCAUGACCCUAUAAGAAUUCAUACGUCAACUCUUGAACGCGUCGCAAAUGGCCUGGCAGCUGGUGAUUGGGUACGCGUGAAAGAUGAAAAGGAAAAGCACUCACCGGUGGGAAUUCUACAUUCCAUCAAUCGCAAUGAUGGUAGAGCUUCUGUUGGAUUUAUUGGGCUGCAAACUCUCUGGAAUGGAAACCCUUCAGAACUUGAAAUGGCAGAAUCAUUCUGUGUGGGCCAGUUUGUUAGGCCAAAAGAGAACUUGUUAAGCCCUCGAUUCGAAUGGCGUCGUAAAAGGGGAGGGGCCUCUGCUACUGGGAGGAUUUCAUGGAUACUACCAAAUGGGUGUUUGGUUGUCAAGUUUCCAGGGAUGAUGAGUUUUGGGAAUGAAUCAACCACCUUCUUGGCCGAUCCUUCCGAGGUUGAAGUUGUUGAUUUUAACACUUGUCCUGGGAUGGUAGAAAAGUAUCAACAUGUGGAGAAUCAUCACUGGGCUGUAAGACCUGUUCUAGUUGUACUUGGCAUAUUUACAGCUUUGAAACUUGGCAUAUUAGUUGGAAACAAAGUGAAAAGGUGCAAGAGGUUCAAAGCAGUAGAAAGCAAAAACCAAUAUGUUGAAGGUCAAAACACAAACAGUCCUACAAGGAUUAUAACCCAUGGCAACACAACAUGGGGGGUUCCUUCAGUUGCCAAUAUCCUUUUUAAAGAUGGUGCUUGACACUUCAUAUUAAGUGACUAAUGUGUUCAUCUUCUUCUAAUCAUUAGCUAGUGUUUGAUGCGGUGAAGCAAUUCUAUCAGCUGUACUUUCACACUAGUUUGAAGUUGAACAACAUUAGUUGAAAAUGGUAAUUAUACAUAAAUGAUGUAAGUUCUGACUCUGAAUGAAUCUAGAAAUUGUAAAUAUCCUUUAAAGGAUUAGCUCUGUAUAUAUAGUUUCAACAUAUGCUUUGCAAUGUGUUUAAUGAUGAUCUCAUGGUAUGCCUAUUGAAUUUAA